AUGAGGCACUGCAUUAAUUGCUGCAUCCAAUUGUCACCUGACGACGUACAGACACAGCAGGUCAGCUGCCGAGGAGGCUCCCAUCACGGUCGUCAGGAGUGCCCAGUGUGCAAGGCAGAAAACAAAAUUGUGUUUCGAGUGGACGGUAAGCAGAUGAACUUGCUGGCUGUUCUCGAAGUGAGGGCUGAUGGGAACGAGAGUUGGGGUGGGUUUUUGCGCUUCAAGAAGGGGAAACGAUGCAGUCUCAUUUUUGGAUUGAUAAUAAUGACGUUGGUGAUGGCUUCUUACAUCCUUUCUGGGGUCCACCAAGAGCUUCUGAUCUCAUCGCCUUUCCAUUACGGAGCCUUCCCCAGCAAUCCCAGCUUGAUGGAGGGCGAGAAUCCGAGUGACGCAAAAGAGCAUCAUCACCAAUCCUCUGUAAAUAAUAUUUCAUACAUGAAGGACUAUCCAAGCAUUAAGUUAAUUAUCAACAGCAUCACAUCCAGGAUUGAGUUCACCACCAGACAGCUCCCAGAUGUAGAAGAUCUCAAGAAGCAGGAAUUGCACAUGUUUUCCGUCAUCCCGCACAAAUUUCUUCCCAACAGUAAGAGCCCCUGUUGGUACGAGGAGUUCACGGGCAGGAACACCACCGACCCCUACCUGACCAACUCCUACGUACUCUACUCCAAGCGCUUCCGCUCCACCUUCGACACGCUGCGCAAGGCCUUCUGGGGCCACCUGUCCCACGCGCACGGCAAGCACUUCCGCCUCCGCUGCCUGCCGCACUUCUACAUCAUCGGGCAGCCCAAGUGCGGCACUACCGACCUCUACGACCGCCUGCGGCUGCACCCGGAAGUCAAGUUCUCUGCCAUCAAGGAACCGCAUUGGUGGACCCGGAAGCGCUUUGGAAUCGUCCGCCUGAGGGACGGACUGCGGGACCGCUAUCCCGUGGAAGACUACCUGGACCUCUUUGACCUGGCUGCACACCAGAUUCAUCAAGGACUGCAGGCCAGCGCGAAGGAGCCGAGCAAGAUGAACAGAAUCAUUAUCGGUGAGGCCAGUGCCUCUACCAUGUGGGAUAACAACGCCUGGACGCUCUUCUACGACAACGGCACAGACGGCGAGCCCCCCUUCCUGACCCAGGACUUCAUCCACGCCUUCCAGCCAGAUGCAAAGCUGAUCGUCAUGCUCAGGGACCCAGUGGAGAGGUUGUACUCCGACUAUCUCUACUUUGCAAGUUCGAAUAAAUCUGCAGAUGACUUCCAUGAAAAAGUGACAGAAGCUCUGCAGCUGUUUGAAAAUUGCAUGCUGGAUUAUUCAUUGCGAGCCUGCGUCUACAACAACACCCUCAACAACGCCAUGCCUGUGAGGCUCCAGGUCGGGCUGUACGCCGUGUACCUUCUAGACUGGCUCACCGUCUUUAACAAGGAGCAGUUCCUCAUCCUCCGCCUAGAAGACCACGCCUCCAAUGUCAAGGACACCAUGCACAGGGUCUUCCAGUUCCUCAGCCUCGGGCCCUUAAGUGAGAAGCAAGAGGCCUUGAUGACCAAGAGCCCGGCGUCCAACACGCGGCGUCCUGAGGACCGGAAUCUGGGGCCCAUGUUGCCGGUCACCCAGAGGCUUCUGCAGGACUUCUACGGGCCUUUCAACGCCCGGCUGGCACAGGUCCUCGCCGACGAGGCCUUCUUGUGGAGGAAGACGUGA